AUGUCUCUUUCCACUCCCAUACCUGUCGAGCAGGAUGGAGCACCCAUCAUGAGCCUCCCCGUUGAGAUGGUCCUCCUGAUCUGCGAGCACCUGGAUACCACAGAUAUGGCCUCCUUCCGCCAGGCAAACAAGCAUCUAUUCGCACGCAUUGACCCUCACUACCUCCGUCGCAUGUUUGGUACCGUCACAAGUAAUCUGUCGGCUUCCUCGUUCCAGCGCCUUGAGACCAUCGCAUCCUCCCGAGCUGCAGUCCACGUCAACACUCUGAGUAUCCAACCCAGCGGCAUGCGCAUGCCGCGAGCCAUCGGAGCAGGUAUGAAGUGGGACCGUGAGAAUAUGGCCACAGACACAACUCAGACAGGCGGAACCCUGACUCUCCAACGCAUACUGGGCAAGCUAGUCAACUGCACCAACUUUCGAAUCUGUCAAAACGCCCCGAUCGUCGUCCGCGAUAUCCCACUCUCGUCCGACUUGGUCAUCAGCGACGUCGCGUACCUGGUCAGUCUAAUCUGCGCCCGACUUGAUCGCCAGUACACGUCUUUUACGCUCGUCAUACCCUACGGUCGAUGCAACACACGUGGUAUCACUGCCCUUGCAGAAAUGAACUCUCACCCAAACUCGCCAGGUACCUCCCUGCGCAUUUGGGAGAACCUGAACCGUCUCCGUCUUUCGUUCCAUUAUCAUAGAGCCAUUCAGAGCACCUUCGUCGCCCGCCUGCUCAGCUUCGCGUCCAAACUCAAAGUCUUAAAGCUCGGCGCCCACGGUCCCGAGGGUGGCGCGCUCCUACGGGAGCUCUGCUCAUCACCACUCUUCCACAGCACGUUUGAGCUCACCGAACUGCAUCUCUCGGGCCAGAAGGAGUCGCCAGAUGCGCAGACUAUUAAUGGCGCCGAUCUAGCAUCUCUUCUCCUUCGCCACCGCAAUACGCUUAGAGUCCUCGUGUUCGCCAACUUGCGCUUGGUAAGUCGAGACAGCGCGGCCGUCCCAGAAGGCGGGGAAUGGCAGCAUGUCUUGCAAACACUCAUCACAAACCCCUUCUCCCUGCGGCACAUCGGGUUCAUCACCGCUGAAGAGAAGCGUCCCGGUACGGAGCACAACCUGUUCGUGACUCUCGCAUGGAGCGCAGGCAUCUAUACCCUCCCUGGUCAGGUUCAGCCUCUACUUCGUACUCCUAUUCUUAGUAGGCGUUCCCAGUCUCUAGCCCGAGAGGGGGUGUGGAUGCCCCACAUGUCGUUUUCAUAUAACGGAGAACAGAUGCGUCUUGCGCUGCAGAAGUUGGCGGAGUUUUUAUUUCUUUGGGCGUCCGAUAGACAUGGUGGGAUACAAUACAAUGAAGCGUGGCUGAGGAUUGGGCCAGAUGUGUCUCGUGAUGCUCGUCCACUGGGCGACCACCAACCGUCUACUUAG